AUGGGCGUGCGGGAACACUCGACGGGCGUCAGCGCGUGGCUGCCUGCCAACAAAGGCCCGCGCCGGACAGCGCAGGUGAACAAAGCAAGCCGCAGCUGGCGUGAGCGCGAGCUGGAGCUGGAGCUGGAGCAGCUGGAGCUGUUAACGGCCAAGGCCGCCGCGGCGUGGCAGCCCGCAAUGCCCGGUGAGGAUGAGCCAUCCCCCAUCGGGUUGAGUCUGGCCGCGCUGGCUCUGGCGGUGAUGCCUUCGUCCCCCGGCCGCGUCGCCGCCUGCGAGACGGCGGGCUUGGAGCUGCGAGCCCUGGGACUGCCUGCGGCGGCGGAGCGCGGCGGACCGGUGCUCGGCACGCCUGCAAUAUCUCUGCUGCAGUGA